UUCUGAGCUCCUUCUUAAAGCAUCAAAACGAAGAACUCUGAGUCUGUAAUUUGAAGUUCAAAGCUUCAAUGGCGUGCUUGCUCUCCAUAAGCUUCUCCAUGCCUCUCUGCCCUCCAACAAUCCUUUUUCAGGAAAUAUAUCCAAGGAAAUCAUAUCAUGGUAGACUCUCAAACCAAGCAACUGCCAAAACAGCAACAAAGCUUCUUACCAUCUGCAAUGCAAAUAAAGGCAUAUUAUCUGUGAACUGGAGCCAUCGACAUCACUUAAUUACACCCUCAAUAUUUCCUUCUGAAACUAGUUCUUGUCCCUUGAAUUCUUGUACCCACAUGAUAAUAGCUGGUUAUUGGGUGGGACCUGAUCUUGAUGAUGGCUGGGGAUUUGUUGAAGCUUUUGUAAAUCAAAUUACUUGAUUUUUGGGAUUAUUUUGCUUACCUUACUUGAUAGACUUUGAUUUUGGAAAUGUCUGCCAUGAUUCAUACUUCAUUAGAACUAGCUUUAACUAACUGCAACUUGCCAGCAUCCUACCAUUGGGACAAGGUUAUUAGAAGUGUGCACUCACAUUUGACCAAAUGCAUGCCUCCUCCUCUUCAUUUUGCCUGACCAUUCAUACAUCAAAUUAAUGGGUAGGAUGCCUUCUCUGUAGUUUCCUCUAGGGGUCUUGUAGGUCACAACCGGCUUUGACAAAGCAUGUACCUGAGGUAGAGGAGAAUACUGAAUCUGGAGGAUGAACUAGGAGGUGGCACUGUGGUGGUGUAUUAGAUUCUGGAGAUCACAAGUCACUGAUUUCUUAAAAAUAGCUGAAAUAUUGCACUUGCAAUUAAGAUUUGCUAAGGAGUAUAUAGAGGUGAUCAUAAACUUCUCUUAUCAACUCGAACUGAAGGGAUCAUCAAGUUUUAAUGCGAGUAUGCAUGGAUGGUCGAUUUUAUGUUCU